UCACUUUUUUAGAUCCGUUAUCAACGGUCACUUCUCCCGCUCGCUUUUCACCCAAAAUCUUUUUAUAAUUGCAAACCGACCCCACCACUCUCUACUUUUUUCCGCACACUCACACACACCAAAUGCACCAAUUAUAACAACGCGUUUUUUCGAGUUUUAAAAAUCGCCCAAAUUUAUUGCACAAUUCAAGAAUCCCAAAACGCGUUUUCCGACACAGCCAAUUGCUCCAAGACAGCUCUUUUUCAACUCCUCCCACAUAAAAUAAUUUCCUCUAAAUUCGGCCGCCUACUUAUUUAGUUAUUUAGCACCACAAUUCACAACUCCAUUUCAAGAGUUUCUAUCAAGAUUUCUCUCUCACUUCAUCUCUCUAUAUACUAACAUCAACUCCCACCACACAAUGCCAACCAAUUUGUUGAGAAUUUUUCUUGUCUACAAGCUCUUCUACACACUUUUCCAAUACUUAGUACCCAAGAAGCUGAGAACGUAUCUCCCAGCUUCUUGGUACUCGUACACAGAACAACAACAACAACAACAGCAACAACAACAUCAGCACAUCAAGAACGAGCCGGUUAUGUCGUUAUCCGCGACGUCCCCGCGCGCUCCCCGACGAAUGGACGACGGGGAGCUCCGACGGGUGUUCCAGAUGUUCGACAGGAACGGCGACGGGCGGAUCACGAAGACCGAGCUCAACGGCUCCCUCGAGAACAUGGGGAUCUUCAUCCCCGGCGACGAGCUGUCCCAGAUGAUCGACAGGGUCGACGUCGACGGGGACGGCUGCGUCGACAUCGACGAGUUCGGCGCCCUCUACCGGGCCAUCAUGGACGAGCGCAACGAGGAGGAGGACAUGAAGGAGGCGUUCAACGUGUUCGACCAGAACGGCGACGGAUUCAUCACCGUCGACGAGCUGAACUCCGUGCUCGCGUCGCUCGGCCUCAGGCAGGCGCGCGGCGCCGAGGACUGCAAGAAGAUGAUCACGAAGGUCGACGCGGACGGCGACGGGAGGGUCGAUUUCGACGAGUUCAAGCAGAUGAUGAGAGGGGGCAGCUUCGUUGCACUAGGCAACUGAUGCAGCCAUCUCAAGCAGGGUAAAUUUUCAUAGAUUGCAGUGUAUAUAGAUCUUGGUUUUUGCUCAUCUCUCCAUUCAUCUGCCACAAGAAACAAAAAUAUAUAUAUUGAUCACACAUACCCAAAAAUCUAUAUAUAUACAUAUUGCUUCACAAAGCCAUCUGCAGAGGCAUCAAUGAUGACAAAGUGUUAGUACAGAAAAGCUGUAUAUUGUAUAUGCAACAUUUUGCAGCCAUUGAGAGAAGAAGAUGAGAAGGGAAUGAGGCAUUGAUCAAAGCUGGGAUGCUUAACUUUAGGCAAAACAAAAAAAAAGAACAUUUUUAUUCAUUCUUGUAAUUCCUGUUUUCUGGCCUUAUCUUAUGUUUUUUUUCAUUUGAUUCUAGUCACCUAGUUUUUGUUGAUUUUUUUUCCAUCUUAUUUGAGUCUUUUCCGUGGGUGAUGAAAUCAAAUGUCAACAGUAUUACUAAUAUAUCAGUCAACAUUCAAAUUUUUCUCACUACA